AUGGAGCUCCUGCCCUGGCUGACCGCGGCGCUGCUGCUGCUGCUGCUGCUGGUGCGGCGGAGCCGCGCGGCCAAGUUCUACGCCAAGAUCAGCCUGUACUGCGCGCUCUGCCUCGCCACGGCCGCCACGGCCUCGGUCGUGUGCCUGCUGCGCCACGGGGGCCGCACGGUGGAGAACAUGAGCAUCAUCAGGUGGUUCGUCCGGAACUUCAAGUACCUGUACGGUCUCCGCUUCCAGAUCAAGGGCCGCCAGAAGCUGCAGGUGGACCACCCUUGCGUCAUCAUCUCCAACCACCAGAGCAUCCUGGACAUGAUGGGCCUCAUGGAGAUCCUGCCUGAGCGCUGUGUGCAGAUCGCCAAGCAGGAGCUGCUCUUCCUGGGGCCGGUGGGCCUCAUCAUGUACCUGGGGGGCGUCUUCUUCAUCAACCGGCAGCGCUCUAGCACGGCCGUGUCCGUGAUGGCCCAGGUGGGCCAGCGCAUGGUCGCGGACAACCUCAAAGUGUGGAUCUACCCUGAGGGCACCCGGAACGACAACGGGGACCUGCUGCCUUUCAAGAAAGGAGCCUUCUACCUGGCCAUCCAGGCCCAGGUACCCAUCAUCCCCGUGGUCUACUCCUCCUACUCCUCCUUCUACAACCCCCAGACGAAACUCUUCACCUCGGGAACCAUCAAGGUGGAGGUGCUGGACCCCAUCCCCACAGGCCUCACCGUGGCCGACAUCCCCCAGCUCAUGGACACCUGCCACCGGACCAUGCGGUCCACCUUCUUCCGCUUGUCAAAGACACCCCAGGAGAACGGGGCCCGGUGCUUGGCCAGCCCGGCAGCCAAGUAGCCAAGGCCAGGGCCUGGCUGGAGAAUGGACAGAAG